AUGAAACCGAUUCAGUAUCUCCACAAAGCAAAAUUAGCGAGUAGUGAGUUUUUAACCAUACACAAAGUCCCCAUUCUGCCACCUACAACCCAUACCCCUAAUCCCAACCAUUUACCCUCGUGGUUCCCCCCCCCCCCAUCUAAUGCCAUUAAAAUAAAUGUGGAUUCUUCUUGGACACAAGGCUUUGUGAUAACUGGUGUUGCAGGUGUGGCUCAUAAUUCCCAUGGGCAAUGGAUUUUGGGUUUUCAGGGAAAGGAAAUGGCUGACUCGAGUCUAAUGGCAAAACUGCUGGAUAUAAGACAUGGUUUACAACUAGCUAUUCAACAGGGAUGGACAAGCACCAUUUUCUCUUCAGAUUGCAAGGAGGCAAUCACCAUCAUCAACUCUUCGUAUCAAGUCUCUGGGUACUAUAUUAACCUUGUUCUAGACUGCAGGGUACUGAAGAAUCGACUCUCAAAUUCGCCGCUUCGGGUCGAGGGUAGGAGCAUGAAUGGGCUUGCAAAUUUGAUGGCACACAAGGCUAGGGAAGAUAUGGUUCAAACUAAGAGUUUUAAGCUGCUACGACAACCGGAAAACUUUUGUAUGAAUUUGUAUUUAGCUGAAGUCCAUCCUAUUUUGGAUGCUAUCGCCCAAAACUAUGAUGAAAAUGUACCCUGA